GAAGAAGUCUAUUUCAGAGUGGAUGCUUGUGUUCUGAGAACCUCUUAAAAAAAGUGAAAGAUAUUUUGAACAACAUGCACGAAUCAAAGCUUAUUGAUAUUUUUGAAUAUAUCGAGGAAAAGUGUAUAAUUGGACAACAACCCCAAAACAAAUUUAUCGUGUGUGAUUUGGUUUCACAUCUCAAAGAUAUUUGUACAGAGAAAAGAUUUACCGAGCUAGAAAGAACGCUCCUCGUAAAAGAUCUCCCGGGGUAUAAAGAAAUCUUCCAAUGCUUUGUUGACUUUGAAAAUGAACUACACAAAAAGAAUUGCAUCAUAUUUUUACCUUUAAAUGGUGCCAAGGAACAAAUGCUCAAAAUGCCAAAACUGCGUCUGAAACUCUUUGGCAAAAAGGAUAAAUGCUCGUGUUCUGAGAACUUCUUAGACAAAGUGAAAGAUAUUUCGAACGACCUUCCAGAAUCAAUGGUAUGCUCUGAUUUAUUGUUGAGGUUGAGAACUUUACUAUAAGAAAGUAUCACAUCGGAAGUUUAUGUUCGGCAGCAUUAACCCUCACUCAUAAAUGACCUUGAAGUGCAAGAAACACAGUUAUGCUCUUAUUCAUUGUGGACCACUUAAAGUUGGACGAUAAGAAAGUAUCAUGUUCAGCGGCAUAAAAAAACUUUUGAAAAUGUCUGUCUAUAGAUAAAAACGUACAAAAAGGCACAUGACGUUUGUUUAUACAUGUGUUUACGUCAAUAAAAAAUAUAGAAACGAAUGACUCUAGAUGAUUUGUGCCACGUAAAUGGCAAAAAU